AUGGCUAAUGCCCGGCUCUGGGGGCUGAGCACGACAAGGCUCUGUCUACGGAUCCUUACGCUAACUGGCUCUUCCAUCCCCAGAUGCGUCGAUGCCCACGACGACGAUCCCGCGGCCGAUGUCGCCCACUUUGAUCCGCCCCUAACCCUGCAAUUUCCCGCCGCAAUGCCAACGCCCCCGUUUCGACGAGGCAAUAGCGCCAAGGAACGGCCCGCGGGGCGCCAUGGGUUCGAGAUCGCCAUUUUCUGUGCCCUGCCGCUCGAGUCCAGCGCGCUCUCCUACCUCUUUGACGAAUUCUUCGACGACGGCGACGGCGACCCUUACCAGAAAGUCGAGGGCGAUCUGAAUCACUACACGACAGGCCGCAUCGGCAGACACAAUGUCGUCCUCGUGCUGCUCCCUGGCAUGGGCAAGGCCCUCGCUGCCAGCGCCGCCGCUUCUCUGCGUGCGAGCUACCCCAAUGUCCGCGUCGCCCUCGUCGUCGGCAUCUGCGGCGGCGUGCCCGGGCCCCUCGGGAACGGCGACGACAUCUUCUUGGGCGACGUCGUGAUAAGCAACUCGAUCGUGCAGUACGACCUCGGCAGCCAGUACCCGAACGGCGUCUUUGCGCGCAAGAAGAAGCCCGCCAAGUACAAGUACCCCGGCACCGACGAAGACGAGCUCUUCCGAGCCGACUACCGCCACCGCCACCGCUUCUCGCCAUGCUGCAACCAAGAGACGACGUGUGACAAGGCCAUCGAUGCAUCGUGUGACAAGCUGGGGUGCGAGGACAGAUGCCUGGUGGACAGAGACGGGCUGGCCGAAAAGCGCAGGCUCGAAGAAGAGAACCCGGCCAAAGCCCAGGAGCCGGCUAUCUACAUUGGCCCCGUAGCGUCGGGCGACACGGUGAUGAAGUCUGGAGAAGACCGGGACCGCAUUGCCCGGGAAGAAGGCAUCUUGGCCUUCGAGAUGGAAGGCGCCGGCGUGUGGGACGAGAUACCUUGCAUUGUUGUCAAGAGCGUGUGCGACUACGCGGACAGCCACAAGCGGAAGCAGUGGCAAGAAUUUGCGGCUGCCGCUGCUGCCUCGGCGGCCAAGGCGCUCUUGGAGGCGCUCGUCGUGGCAGACCGAAAAGACGGCUUGGUCUCCCGCCGCGAGAUGCUGGCUGUUCUCGAGCUGUUCCGCCGCCAGGGCCGGAUCCCCCUCGGCGACUCUAGCCACGAUUUUGGCGAGCUGGUCCAGUUCGCAAUCCCGAACCGCCCCGUCUCCGAAGUCCAGUUCCACUCGGUGCUGGUCAUUGACGCCCGCGGCCGGCUGUUGCCGUUUCACUUGGAGACGAUUAACUCUAAAGAGCUCUUCGUCCAUAUCCUCCGCGCCCGGUUCAAGGAUCUCGGACACACCAAGAUCGACCGAGGAGAGUGGUCUCUUGAAGGCACACAAACCGGAGAGAUUCUCGACCUUGAUAAGCCGUGGCAAACUGUCGUCAAGCACAAGCAAGUGAUCAGGAUGAGCAUGGAUUUCCGGCGCCGCAAUGUGCCGACAACGGAUAGCGUCUGCGGUCUGACAUAUUGUCGCAUCGAGGAGACCCAAGAGAUCGAAGUGCGGGACGAAGCUCCCAACUCAGCACCAACAGCGGCAGAACCUAGACAUGAUAGACCUCCUGAACUUCCCAGGCCCAGACCACCGAUACAAGUUCCCGCCGAUCAAGACAUCCGACACUAUAAGCAGGUCCGCAUUAUAGACACGAGCUUCAGAAUUCAAGAGGCAGACGGAAGCGAGGUGUCAGCGUCCCGGGCUACUUUCAGCACGCACCACCUGAACGACACGAGACUUCUUGCCUCGGAGCUGGCGAAACGCUACGGCCUGCCCGAAGAAGACUUAUGA